GCCUUCCGGCCUUCCGGCCUGCUCUGAGGCGCAGCGUCGGCGUCGCCUGGAAGGGGAAGCCGGGCCUGGCGAAGGCCUGAGGCGGCGUCGGCGGCGGGCCAGAUGGCGGAGUCCGGAGGGGCCGAAGCCUUCGCCUCCGCCGAGCGGCCGCCCACGCCCAGCGUCGCCGGGGGAGGCGGAGGGAGCGGCGGCGGCGGCGGAGGAGGCGGCGGCGGCAGCAGCAGGUGAGGAAAGAGGGAGGAGGAGGGAGGAGGAAGAAGAUGCGGGAACUCCCUGCACUUGUCUAUUUGGUACCCGUUAUUCUUGCUGCUUUCCUUUCCUUGCAGCACAUCAUUUAUUAAGAUGUUUCUUUAUAUUUUUUAGGGCUGUUUUUGCUGUUAUUGUCAUGCUUAGUGCAUCGGUUAGUUGUUGCUUUAUGUUCAUUCUACAUUAAUUGUUAUUAUCUUUUUUUUUUUAAAAUGAUAUUUAUUAAAGUUUCCAUAAAAAAUUAAACAUAGAACAUAAAAAAGAAAUACACAAUUCAAAAAAUACACAAUACAUAAUCCAAAAAAGAAAGAAGAACAAAAAAGAAAAGACAAAAAAGAAAAAAAAAGUUAAAAACAAUAUCACCUUUUCAUCUCCAUUUUUAGAUAUUAAUUGUUAUUAUCAUAGCAUUUAGCAUAUCGUUGUUGCUGUUCUGUCGUUGUUAUUCUGCGUUAUUUGUUGCUAUCAUCAUAUUUAGUAUAGAAUUGUAGAAGUGGGAGGGACCCUGAGGGUCAUCUAGUUCUUUUUUUAAAAAAAAUGAUAUUUAUUAAAAUUUCGGAAACAAAAAAUUACAUAGUUAAAGAGAAAAGAAACAAGGGAAAAGAUAAAAAAGAGAAAAAACAUACAAAAUACAAAGUACAGAAAAUAAAAUAAAAAAAACUUAAAAACAAAUUAAUCCUUCCGUAUCUUACAUUUCAUUUCCUUGCUUCCCUGACCUCCUCUCACCUCCCUUUUUUGUAUUCCAGUUCAAUUGGUUAAUUCAGCAAUUCCUUUCACUCUUUGUUUUUGUCUUAGUCCUUUAACUUAAUAUAUUGUAGCUUUAGAUUCUCACCUAUUAACAAUCCAUUUUUACAUACACCUUUAUGGCAUUGCUGCUUAAAACCACUUAACUUCAUUCUGACAUUCUGACAUUCAUUAAUUUUACAAUAUUUCUGUAAAUAGUCUUUAAAUUUCUUCCAAUCUUCUUCCACCGACUUUUCUCCCUGGUCUCGGAUUCUGCCAGUCAUUUCCGCCAGUUCCAUGUAGUCCAUCACCUUCAUCUGCCAUUCUUCCAGAGUGGGUAGAUCUUGUGUCUUCCCCUGAGGGUCAUCUAGUUCAACCCUCUGCAACGCCCAGUGUGGGACUCGAACCCACAACCCUGGGAUUAAGAGUCUCGUGCUCUGCUGAGCUGUCCCAGUCUUUGGGGUAUCAUUGUUGCUCUUUUAUUUUAUCACAUGCAUAUCAUUAUUUUGCAGUAUUGGUUGUUGUUGGUUAGAGUCUGGUGCUGUUAAUGUCAGGGUUGUGGGUUCAAUCCCUGUAUGGGGCAGCUGCAUAUUCCUACAUUACAGGGGGUUGGACUAGAUGACCCUCAGGGUCCCUUCCAACGCCACGAUCCUACAAUUCUGCAAUUUAUUAUAUUGCUGCUAUUCUGAAUUUAUCCUGUUACUAUCAUUACUAUUUUAUAUCACUGAUCAUUAUUAUAUUUAUAUCAUUGUCACGGCUUUAUUUUAUCAUAUGCCUUGCAUAAUUCUUUUAUAUUGUUAUCAUAUUGAUUAUAUCUUUGUUAGUUUUAUUUUAUUGUGUUCCGAUCAUUGUUAUUUUACGUUUAUUAUCCUUAUCAUUGUAUCAUUGUUACUGCUUCAUUCCUAUCAUUAUUACUUUAUAUUAUUUAUUAUUUUAUCACAAUAUAUUUUUGUUGUGUUGUUGUUAUUUACUGUGUCUAAUUUGUGGCUGGGGCAACCCAGUCAGAUGGGGCAGCGUAUAAAUAAAUAAUUACUAUUAUUAAUAUUAUUAUUAGUACUACUACUUCUAUUUUAUUUUAUUUUAGUAUGUUACAUUUAUUGUCAUUUUGACCAUCGUGGUUGUAUCAACCACAGAAUAGUAGUAGUAGUAGGUGUUGUAAUAAUAAUACAGUGGUACCUCUGGAUGCGAACAGGAUCCGUUCCGGAGCUCCGUUCGCAUCCUGAAGCGAAUGUAAGACGAGUCUGCACGUGAGCGGGCUGCGUUUUGCCGCUUCCAUGCAUGCGCGUGACGUCAUUUUGACCGAGCGGCGAAACCCGGAAGUAAUGCACUCCGUUACUUCUGGGUCACUGCGAAGCGCAAUCCGAAAAUAUUUAAGCUGAAGUGUAUUCAUCCCGAGGCAUGAGUGUAAUAAUAAUAAUAAUUAUAAUUAUAAUAAUAAUACAGUAUAUAAACUCCCCCUUUCUAAGACACGGCCCAUCAAACAGCAUAGAGUUAUAUAAUUGUAGAGUUGGAAGGGAUCCCUAGGGUCAUCUAGUCCAAACCCCUGCCAUGCAGGAAUCGUUUGCCCAGUGUGGGACUCGAACCCACAACCCUGAGAUUCAAAGUCUCAUGCUCUACCAACUGAGAGAUAUCCACCCCACCACUCGACGAUUCAGCUGAAGAGUUCUGACAGGUAUUACAAGUAAGCUUGUUGUAGGUAAGUUCAAGUGCUUUGUUAAAUGGCUGUGUGUAUUUUGCUAAAAAAUGAGCAAGCUUUCCGGUUUCACAGAGUACUUCUUCAGGCUGGAUGUUGGAGGUGGAGAUAGUUGUCCUCGACCACGUUGCAAAAGCCCCAGUCUCCUGCUUGAGGGACAGAACACAGGAAAUGGCCUUUUAUAUCCCAGGUCAGAUAAUGAGUCGAUCUCGCUCAGGGUAUUGCCUGCUUUGUGUUGACCGGCAGCUGGACUGUUGACAUCAGGCAGACACCUUCCCUGUAUUCUUUCCGGCACCUGCUUAAAACAUUUUAUUCUAGGCUAGCCUAUCUAGACAAGUAGAUGAUGAUUUAGAGAGAGAACGCGCUACCAUUUGUUUUAAUCAUUGUUUAAAUAUAUUUAAUACCUGCUUUUUUUAAAAAAUUGACAGUGUUUAAUGUUUUCUUUUAUAUUGUUGUGAACUGCUUAGAGCUUCCUAGUUUUUUAAAACAAAUGAUCAAGUGGUAUAUAAGUUUUGUUUAGUAAUAAUAACAACAACAAUAAUAAUAGUAAUUUUUAUUGCACCCUGCCCAUAUGGCUGGGUUGUCCAGCCACACUUCCAGCAUAUAUAAAAACAUAAUAAAACAUUACACAUUAUAAGACUUCCUACUACAGGGAUGCCUUCAGGUGUCUUCUAGGAGUCUGGUAGUUAUUUAUCUCCUUGACAUCUGCUGGGAGGGUGUUCCACAGGAUGGGUGCCACUACUGAGAAGGCCCUCUGCCUGGUUCCCUGUAGCCUCACUCCUCACAGUGAAGGAACCACCAAAAGGCCCUCAGUGUCUGGGCUGGAUGGCGGGGUGGAGACGCUCCUUCAGGUAUACAGGGCCGAGGCCGUUUAGGGCUUUAAAGGUCAGCACAACACUGAGUUGAGCUCUGAAAAGUACUCGGAGCCAGUAUAGAUCAGUCUGGCUGCUGCAUUCUGGAUUAGUUGUCGUUUCUGAGUCGCCUUCAAAGGUAGCCCCACGGAGAGCGCCAAGUGGGAGUCCAAGUGGGAGGAUAGCUAGGGCACGUACCAGAGUAGAUGGGUCUCAAUCUGAUCUGUGGAGCGAGGUAUUUGCUCCUAAGCAAGAGUGAAAAUUUGCAGCCUCCUAACACAGGUCAGUUGUGCUUUAGCUCUUAAGAGAUCCCGAGUGUCCUGCAUUCUCGAUUCAAUUUAAAACAUAUUGGUGGACAUUUAAAAAACUACACACCUGCCAAAGGGGAGACUCUGUGGGACUUAAGUUUUAGCCCACUGCUGGCCUAUAGGGCUUCAAAUAUCCUUUCCAGAUUUAAGAAUCUCCUCACUCCGUGCACUUGCUCAAGAGAGGUGUUGUGCUCUUGUUUUGUACGGUGGUGAAAGAUCUGAAUUGUUUCAGUCACCAUGGAUACAGCUAAUUUAUCUGAAGGAGGCUGACUGUAUUAUAUGUAUAUAUACUUUUUAAAAAAAUUCUAAUUGCCAUUUUAGAAGCGGAAAAUGUGCCUUCUGUGCAGGCAUGUAGCUUGAGGCACUAAGUGAGCAGCGUUUAGUAGAAUAGCAUUAGGUUUUAAGUAUCCUUAAUGCUUCCCUCCUUUAUUUUCCGGUUUGUGUGCCUGGGAUAAAGUUUUAAGACUCUUCUUCUUCUUCUUCUUCUUCUGCUGCUGCUGCUGCUGCUGCUGCUGCUGCUGCUGCAGUACAAAUCCAGAAUGAUGCAUCUUGUGCUCAUCAAAGCAUUUGAUGAAAAAAAGUUAAGGGUCGUGGGAUAGGAUUAGGAUUAUUUUCCACAUGCACACAAAAUGUGCAUUAAGCCAAGCCACAGUUCAUUCUACUGAGCAGCUGGGAGAACUCAGUAGAGCUUGUGACUCUUAAUCUCGGGGUCAUGGGUUCAAGCACCACCUCUGGCAAAAGAUUCCUGAGUUGCAGGGGGUUGGACUAGAUGACCCUAGUGGUCCCUUCCAACUCUAUGAUUCUAUAAACAAUUUCCCUUAGUCUUCUAACUGCUUCUGCUUCUGCACGUCUCCAAUCAAAAGGAGUCGGGAAGAAUAGCUUGUUCACAAACGGCAUCGUAGCUUUGUUGUACCUUAAUGGGAUCAUUUCAGUGCUGAACUGUCUUAAGAGUUUGUUCAUUGAAUUUGUUCUGUUUAAGGUUUUCUGUACCUCCUUUCAGCCACAAAGGCUCCAUGGGGGAAACACAAAACAGUAAGCAGUGCACAAUACAGUAAAAUCAAUAGGAUACGAUUAAUAACUGGGAGGGGAAAAUGGACACAUCACUACUGUAAUACCAUCCAACAGCAGCAGGGAGGACAGAGUUUUUUAAAAAAUAUAUAUUUUUAUUAAACAAUUUUAACAGAACAACUUAUCAAUCAAGAGUUAAUUGAAAUGGGGUGGGCCAUUCCUCUGUAAGGGAUGAAAGUUAAGAUAUAGUGAUAAGGGGGAUCUGGUCCUUUCUUUUUCUGUUUCUUCUUACUUUAGUUUCUUUCUUCUCUUUACUGUAUUUCCUGUAGAUUGGUUUGUUUCUUUUACUGUGUUUCUGAAAACUUCAUUUAAAAGUCCCCCCCCCAAAAAAUAAUAAUUAACCGGGCAUCAAAUUUCAUUUUGGGUGCUAGGAAGGGACAUGGCAUGGCAGAGUGUGUGUGAGAGAGAGAACUGAGUGUCCUGCUUAUUUUUUUACUGCCCCCUGUCAAUUACCUCAAGGAAAUGUGGCCCUCCCCAGAAAAAAAGAGUUCCCCUUCACUGAAUUAAAACAAUCCAGAAAAGAUGUUUACCAUGUGCCUAAAUCAGUGCUUCCCAAACUUACGCUUCUCAAGCUGUUUUGGACUACAACUUCCAUCAUCCAUAGCUAGUAGGACCAGUGGUCAGGGAUGAUGGGAACUGUAGUUUAAAAAAAAAGCUGGAGACCCAAGUUUGGGAAACCCUGGGCACUAAAUUCUCCAGAAAAGAGGGGGCCAAAUGGACCUUCUAGGAGAGAAGGUUCUGGUAAGGAUUACAAAAAAGCUAGCCGGUGCAAGGGGUUGUGGAUGUCCCAGCAUAUUCAGUGGAGUGGGAGAGAUUUGGGAACCCUACUUCCUGCUUCCAAGCCCUAGUCCUGUGAGCUAGCCAGGGGCACCUCACCUGGACGCUGUCACAAUGGCCAUUUCAGCCCAGCUCAGGGGGCAGGUGGAAUCCAUCUGCCUCAGCUGGCAGCUGCAGUUUGCUUUCAUGCUUCUCAUGGCACCCAAUGCUGGUGGUCCCAGACUGAUCAGGUAGGUGCCAGUCUGAGAAGUUGUGGCUGAAUUGUGAAAAGACCCCUGCUUGCUCUUUGGUUGAAGCAGGUUUGGGAAGCAAGCUUUACUUAGGAAUCUAUUGGGAUACCUGCCCUAUACCAGGUUCCUCCAGCUCAAAAUCGUCUACACUGACUGGCAGUGGCAGUUCUAAUAAGAAUAAUAAUAGUAAUAAUAAUUUAUUUAUACCCCGCCCAUCUGGCUGGGUUUCCUCAGCCACUCUGGGCAGCUCCCAACCGAAUAUUAAAAACACAGUACAGCGUUAAACGGGAUGCAGGUGGCGCUGUGGGUUAAACCACAGAGCCUAGGGCUUGCCAAUCAGAAGGUCAGCGGUUCGAAUCCCUGCGACGGGGUGAGCUCCCGUUGCUCUGUCCCUGCUCCUGCCAACCUAGCAGUUCAAAAGCACGUCAAAGUGCAAGUAGAUAAAUAGGUACCGCUCCGGCGGGAAGGUAAACGGCGUUUCCGUGCGCUGCUCUGGUUUGCCAGAAGCAGCUUAGUCAUGCUGGCCACAUGACCCGGAAGCUGUACGCCGGCUCCCUCGGCCAAUAAAGCGAGAUGAGCGCCGCAACCCCAGAGUCGUCCCUGCCUGGACCUAAUGGUCAGGGGUCCCUUUACCUUUACCUUACAGCGUUAAACGUUAAAAACUUCCCUAAACAGGGCUGCCUUCAGAUUUCUUUUAAAAGUAAGAUAGCUGCUUAUUACCUUAACAUCUGAUGGGAGGGUGUUUCACAGGGCAGGCGCCACUACUUCUCCAGGGUUUCAGGCAAGAAGAUAUGGCCAGCUAUGCCUGGAGAUACCAGCAAUUGAACCAGCGACCCUCUGAGUUCAGAAUAGACCACUCUGUUCUGCCUUGGUCAGACCACACCUGGAGUCCUGGGCGCCACAAUUUAGGAGGGAUGUCGACAAGCUGGAAGUUGUGCAGAGGAGACGAUCAAGGGUCUGGAAAUCAAGCCUUGUCAGGAAUGGUUGAAGGAGCCGGGUAUGUUUAGCAUGGAAAAGAGGAGACUUAAGAGGAGAUAGAAUAGCCAUCUUCAACUACCUCAAGGGCUGUCAGAUGGAAGAUGGAGCAAGCUUGUUUUCUCCUGCUCCGGAGAGUAGGACCUGAACCCAUGGCUUCAAGUUACAAGAAAGGAGAUUUCGAGUAAGCAUUAGGAAAAACUUCCUGACAGUGAGAGUUGUUUGACAGUGGAAUGGUCUCCCUGGGUUGCUUGUGGACUUUCUUGGAGGUUUUUAAGUAGAGUUUGGAUGGCCAUCUGUCCUGGAUUCUUUAGCUGAGAUUCCUGCAUUGCAGGGGGUUGGACUGGAUGACCUUUGGGGCUCUUUUCCAACUCUACAAUUCCAGGAGGGCAUCAGAUCUUGUGGGAGAGGGGAUGCUGUGCUGGAUGGGUCUCCUCUGGCCUGAUACAGGCGUGCUGCCGAGCUCUGCUCGCCUUCCUACGGCCCUGAUUGUGUCAGUUAUAUAGGCCAGCCAUUUGAAAGCCUCUCUCUCUGUUUCCUCUUUCCACCCAUAUCACCCCCUCGUCCUCGCAGCAUGGCAGACAAGAGCAGCACUUUGAAAUGCACUUUCUCCGCCCCGGGCCACAGCGCGACACUCCUGCACGGCUUGGCCUCCCUCCGGGCUCAGGCCCAGCUGCUGGAUGUCAUCCUCACCAUCAACAACGAGGUGUUCCAGGUCCACAAAGUUGUCCUGGCUGCCUGCAGUGACUACUUCAGGUGAGAGACCCGGAGCACCCCCUCACCUCUGCUCCAGCGUUAGGAGCUCAGAUAGUAAAGGUAAAGGGACCCCUGACCAUUAGGUCCAGUUGCGGACGACUCCGGGGUUGCGGCGCUCAUCUCUCUUUAUUGGCCGAGGGGGCCGGCGUACAGCUUCCAGGUCUUGUGGCCAGCAGGACUAAGCCACUUCUGGUGAACCAGAGCAGCGCACAGAAAUGCCGUUUACCUUCCUGCCGGAGCGGUACCUAUUUAUCUACUUGCACUUUGACGUGCUUUCGAACUGCUAGGUUGGCAGGAGCAGGGACCGAGCAACGGGAGCUCACCCCAUUGCGGGGAUUCGAAUGCCAACCUUCUAAUUGGGAAGCGCUAGGCUCAGCGGUUUAACCCACAGCGCCACCCACGUCCCUGGAGCUCAGAUAUGGUACCUUAAACCUAGCUUACGGUUGCCACAGCGGAAUAUCUCUUUCUUUUUAUAACAAUUUUAUUGAAAGCAUUUUUAAAAACAUAUUAAACAAUAACACUGAAACUCAUUUAUAAGAAAAUACAGAACAGUAUUGUACACAAAAGAGAAAGAGGAAAAAAAGAAUAGACUGGAAGAAUAACUGAAAAGACCCUUUAUCACAUUUAUAUUGUGCAUAUCUUAUCAUUUACCCACACAUCGAAAGGCAGGCUCCCCCAGCUCUCACCUGGGUGCCUACCUCUUCUCCCAGUCUCCCACCCUGACUGAGAUCCUUUUUUAAAAACAACAACAAUUUUAUUGAAAGUUUUUAAACAUAUUAAACAAUAAAAUUCAAACUUGCACAUAAGAAAAUACAAAACACAAUUGUAUAGAAAGGAGAAAGAGGGGAAAAAAGAAUGGAGAGAGAAGAACUAAAAAGACCCUUUAUCACAUAUUGCAGCAUGUUGGGGGGUUGGACUAGAUGGCCCUCUGGGUCCCUACCAGCGCUACAAUUCUAUGAUCUCAACUACAUUGCUUGACUGUAGCUUGCUCUUAGAGCAGUUCAUUUGUCCCAAUAUGCAAGAAGGAGAAACACAAACAGUGGAAAUGGAACUGGAGAUGGCAUGAACUAAUGGACUAAAGCAGAGGUUUUUAUUAUUUUUUUUUUAAAGCAAUUUAUUGGGUUUUACAAUAAUAAUAAACAUAAUAAACAAUAUAACAUUUGUCUUAACAUAGUUUCACAUUUUCUUUGGACUUCCUCACAUCCCCGCUCCCACUUUCAUCGUUAUAACAUUUUGUCAGCAAUUUAUCAUCUUAUUUAAAUUCUUAUAUCUCUUCAAUGUUUCAUAAUCUUAUGGUUCUCAUAAAGAGUUAAACUUUCACAGUCUUACUUGUUUUCUUAAAAACUUCUAAGUUAAGUGGUGCUCAGUUAUUUAGUCUAGCAUCUUAUUUAGCAUUCACUCAAAUCACAAUAUUUUUGUAGAUAGUUCUUAAAUUUCUUCCAAUCCUCCUCGAUUCUCUCUUCUCCCAGGUCACGGAUUCUGCCAGUCAUUUCAGCCAGUUCCAUGUAGUCUAUCAGUUGCAUCUGCCAUUCUUCCAGUGUGGGUAAAUCUUGAGUUUUCCAAUGUUUUGCAAGAAGUAUCCUUGCUGCUGUUGUUGCCCAGAAGGAAAGCCUCUGGUUUCUUGGUAAAGGUAUAUUUAAAUACCUUUUUCAAUUCAUUAUAAAUCAUUUCCCAGAACGCCUUCACUUUAGGGCAGGUCCACCAGAGGUGGAAGAACGUUCCCUCACACUCUUUACAUUUCCAACACUUAUUAUCUGACAGGUGGUAAAUUUUUGCAAGUUUAACUGGGGUCAUAUACCAUCUAUAAAUCAUUUUCAUUACAUUUUCUUUCAGAGCGUUACAUGCAGUAAAUUUCAAUCCAUUACUCCACAACUUUUCCCAGUCCUCAAACAUAAUAUUAUACCCAAUGUCCUGUGCCCACCUUAUCAUAGCCGAUUUAACCAUUUCAUCUUGUGUAUUCCAUUCCAACAGCAAGUUAUACAUCCUUGAAAGUACCUUAGUCUUUGGUUCUAACAAUUCUGUUUCUAAUUUCGAUUUCUCCACCUGGAACCCUAGUUUCUUAUCAUUUUUAAAAACUUCUUUAAUCUGAGCGUAAUGUAACCAAUCUCGCACUUUGUCUUUCAUUUUCUCCAAACUCUGCAGUUUCCAAUUGUCUCCAUCUUUUCUAAUAUUUCCCAAUAUUUUGGCCAUUUAGCCUCCAUAUUGGGUCUUUUCGGGCCUUAGCUUCCAAAGGUGAAAGCCACCUUGGUGUUUUAUUUUCCAGCAAGUCUUUAUAUUUUGUCCAGACAUUAAACAAUGAUUUUCUGACAAUAUGGUUCUUGAAGGCCUUAUUUGCUUUAACUUUGUCAUACCAUAAAUAUGCAUGCCAUCCAAAAACAUUAUUAAACCCUUCCAAAUCCAACACAUCAGUGUCUUCAAGAAGUAGCCAGUCUUUUAGCCAGCAGAACGCUGCGGCUUCAUAAUACAACUUUAAGUCCGGCAGGGCAAAGCCCCUCUUUGUUUUGCAUCAGUUAAUAUCUUAAACUUGAUUCUGGGCUUUUGCCCUGCCAGACAAACUUCGAAAUAUCUCUGCCACUUCUGAAAGCACUCCGCUUUGUCCAAAACCUGAAGUGUUUGAAAUAAAACAACAUCCUUGGCAAUACAUUCAUCUUAAUAGCAGCAAUUCGGCCUAACAAAGAAAGUUUCAAUUUUGACCAACUGUCUAAGUCUCUCUUAAUUUCUGUCCAACAUUUUUCAUAGUUAUCCUUAAAUAGACUUAGAUUUUUUGCUGUUAUGUUUACUCCCUAGGUAUUUUACUUUUUAACCACAUUAAGUUCCGUCUCAUUCUGAAACCGUUCUGACUCUGUAUCAGUCAAAUUUUUCCCCAAAACCUUAGUUUUCUGUUUAUUUAAUUUAAAUCCCGCCACCCGACCAAAAUCAUUAAUCAAUUGUAAUACUCUUUUCGUACUGGGCUCUGGCUUCUGCAAGGUCAAAACCAGGUCAUCUGCAAAAGCUUUUAGUUUAUAUUGUUUCUGACCAACCUGAAUUCCUUCAACCAACCGAUCCCCUCUAAUCAUGUUCAGUAGCACUUCCAGAACCGAAAUAAAUAGCAAAGGGGAAAUAGGGCAACCUUGUCGUGUCCCUUUUUCAAUUUUGAACUCUUCUGUAACCACAUUAUUAACUAUCAGUUUAGCUUUCUGUUCUGAAUAUAUCGCCUCAAUCCCAUUCUCAAAACCCCGUCCCACUCCCAUCUCUUUUAAAUUUCCCAUCAUAAAUUUCCAAGAAAUAUUGUCAAAGGCCUUCUCCGCAUCUAUGAAAAUUAAAACUGCUUUUGUAUUUAUAUCUGUUUGCAGAAGUUCCAAGAUGUCAAUAAUGUUCCUUGUGUUAGCAAACAGAUGUCUGCCUGGGAGAAAACCGGCCUGGUCCUUAUGAAUUACUUCAUUUAAUACUUUUUAAAUCUACUUGCCAAAAUGUCUGCAAAUAUUUUGUAAUCCACAUUUAAAAGAGAGAUGGGACGGUAGUUCUUCAAUUGUGUCUUUUCAGCUUCUGACUUUGGUAUUAAUGUGAUGAACGCUUCCUUCCACGAAUCCGGUGCCCUCUUCCCCUCAAUAAUUUCAUUGCUGACCUCCAUCAAAGGUUGUAUCAAAUAGUCUUUUAAUGUCUUGUAAUACUUGGAGGUCAGCCCAUCUGGCCCUGGAGAUUUGCCAAGUUGCAUGUUCUGAAUAGCUUGUUCAAUCUCCUGUCGUGUUAUUUUAGAGUUCAGGAUUGUCCUGUUUUCUUGAGACAAUUUAGAUAGUCCAUUUUUGCCAAAAAUUGUUUAAUCUCAACUUCGUCUUGCGGCCCUUGGGUGUAUAAUUUUUAAAAUAUCUCUGGAAACACUUUCUAAUAUCCACUGGAUUCUGAAUGUUUUUUCCAUCAACCUCUAAGUUUGUAACCGUGUUUAAUCUUUGUCUUCUCUUCAACUGCCAAGCUAGCAGUUUUCCACAUUUAUUCGCCGACUCAAACGUUUGUUGUUUCAUUAAUUUCACCUUCCAUUCAAUUUCCUGAUUUAUCAAUUUAGAAUAUUGUGUUUGAUAGAGUUUAAUUUCUCUCAGAGUUGGCUGUGACUUUGGAUUCGCUCUUAAUUUCUUCUCUAAUUCUUUUAAUUUGUCCAAGAUCUUAUCUUUUUUCUCAUUUAAAGCAGAGGUUUUUAAACUGUGGUCUGUGAGUUCCAUUUGGGUGGCCUGUGAAAAGGCUACAGCACAGUCAAAUAUCUCUGUACUCAGCCCUGCGCUUAACUUUCCUUGAUGUGAUGAUUGAGGACUAAGGUGCCCAGAAGAGGGGUCCAUGAAUCGUGCAGCAGCAGCAGGACGUGUGUCUGUUGCUGCUCGUGAGUCAGCUGUCUGGAUAGAGAGGUCAGUUGCCGGAAAUCUCCACAUCGGCGCAGUUGGACCUGUGACUGGCUCCCGGGGAAUUUAAAAAACUGCUCUUCCACCAGCGGAGGCUGACUGUCUUCUCCGGAAACAGUGCAGGAAACCGUCCCUGUUGGUGUUAGGUGAAGGGGGAGGGAGGGUGGGAGAGCAUUUCUUAAAACGGCCCCUAAAUCUGUGGUACGCAGGGCAUCUGUUUUGCAUGUGGAAGGUCCCAUGUUCAGCCUGCAGGCAGGGCUGUGAGAGGCUCCUGCUUGCAACAGCGGAGAGCCUGUGCCAAUCAGUGUGAACACUACUGAGCUAGAUGCACCAUUUAAUCCGGCUCCGUGUCAGGCAGCUGGAGCCUAUGUGGAGCUGCUGUGUGGCCAGGGAUUGCCAGGGAUGUUGGGAGUUGUAGUCUUACAACAUCUGGAAGCAAAACCUGCAUGCAGGCCCCGAGUUCAAAAACACUCCCCUCACCCCAAUCGCCAGCAACUGGUAUUCUGAACUGCAACUGGUAUGCUGAAACAUUACUGUCUCCGACUGUGGAGACAGAGCACAGCCAUCCCGGCUAAUAGCAGUUGAAAUUAGGCCCCGUGAUUUUAGCAGGUUUACUCUAUAAGUAAAACUGAAUUGAACACCACCCUGUUUUUCUAAUCCCCUUUUAAGAACUGAAUUGGCACCGACUAAGAGCAGGGACGCGGGUGGCGCUGUGGGUUAAACCACAAGAGCCUAGGACUUGCCGAUCAGAAGGUCGGCGGUUCGAAUCCCCGCAAUGGGGUGAGUUCCCAUUGUUCGGUCCCUGCUCCUGCCAACCUAGCAGUUCGAAAGCACGCCAGUGCAAAUAGAUAAAUAGGUACCACUCCGGCGGGAAGGUAAACGGUGGUUCUGUGCGCUGCUCUGGUUUGCCAGAAGCGGCUUAGUCAUGCUGGUCACAAGACUGCAGCAUGUGCUGUAUGCCGGCUCCCUCGGCCAAUAAAGCGAGAUGAGCGCCGCAACCCUAGAUUCGGUCACGACCUAAUGGUCAGGGGUCCCUUUAUCUUCCCUUUAAGAGCAGGCGAAAUAAAGUGCUCCACAGAACACAUCUUCACAGAGGCGUGGCGAUAGACGUGAGUUUAAAAAGGGGGCUUAUAGAGUUUCGUGGAAGAGGAGCAAAGAGGCACCUGUGGCUUAUUAGCUGUGAUGUUUAGGAGCGUUACCAGGAACGUUUUGGCCCGGCCUCUGUGGAGGGCUUCUGCCAUUGUGUAAACUUCCUGGAGGCACCUGAUUGUUGCAGUGGCAGGCUGUGGGUUCCAUAGGGUUGUGCGGCUACCGCAGUGGGAACUGUAGUUCAGAGGGCACCAGGCUGGGGAAGGCUGAAUCAGACGGGCCUCUGCUCUGAUCUAGCAGGGCGCCGUCAGACCAUAUAUCACCGGUCCUAAAGGAUCUACACUGGCUUCCAGCAUGUUCCUGAGCACAAUUCAAAGUGUUGGUGCUGACCUUCAGAGCCCUGAAGGAGUGUCUGCAUCCCCAUUGCCCAGCCCAGAGACUGAGGUCCAUCUCAGAGGGCCUGCCUUUUGGCGGCUCCCUCACUGUGAGAAGUGAAGUUACAAAGAACCAGGCAGAGGGCCUUCUCGGUGGUGGCGCCCUCCCCGUGGAACGCCCUCCCAUCAGAUUGUCAAGGAAAUAAAGAACUAUCUUGACUUUUAGAAGUCACCUGAAGGGAAGUUUUUAAUGUUUGCUGUUUUAUUGUGUUUUCAGUAUUUUUCUGGGAGCAUCUCAGAGUGGUGGGGCAACCCAGGCAGAUUGGCAGCAUAUUAUUAUUAUUAUUAUUAUUAUUAUUAUUAUUAUUCCUUCAGCUGUGCUCCCGCUUCUGAGCCUGGCGACUCACCCCUCCCCACCCGCACAGCGGCUUGCUUUGCAUUCCCCCUUCAGACUUGAUAUCUGGGGGGAUUGGGAAAACUACCACCACCAUUGGGGCAGAGGAUCUACUAGGCUCAAAGCCUUGGCCACGUCCCUGCUGGGUGUAGAAGUGGCGAGUAAGAGCCCCAGUACCCAACUCCUACACUGGCCACUCCGUGCUUGGCACUGACAACUCUUUCUCCGCCUUCUUGCAGCUACUGGUGUUAACACCCUCCUUGCUUUUUUGGCUACCUCCCGAGAUUUGUGUGUGGGUUAUUAUUAUUAUUAUUAACUUUAUUGCCGUAAGUUUCCCUAGUAACAUCAAACCCCAGAGGUUUAUUGCUCUUCCUAACAGGCGAGUGAUUAUCGGAGGCAGAUGCUAAUGGCUCUUGUCCGACUGAAUUUGUGCACUUAUGGUGCUGGGCCAUAAGUGCACCAAGAGCUUCUUUGAUAACUUGGGUAUGUAGAGGAUCUAGUAGCAUGUUCCUCCCUUUCUGUCCCCCCGCCUUGCCCCAAUUUAGGUUCAGAUCAAGGGGGCGAGGGAGAGGUGGCUCUGAAAAGCUUUUCGCCUCUUCUUUCUUUAAUCUGGAUUUCAGGGCUACGAAGUGUCGUCUUCUAACAACACCAGGAUUAUUUGACCGUGCCUCUCCGGACGUUUAGCUUGCCGUUGUUGAUAAAAAGCCUUCCUCCCGCUCCACAACAAUGGAGCAGCUUAAGAUAUGCCGGCAUCAUAAUGCAUAAAGCUUCCAUUUGUUGCCCCUGAUGAACAAUAACCAUUUAGUGGCUUAGCCGGUCACUGAGCUGUGGGGAGGGAACUCAGCGCUUCGAUUUUCCGGAGUAAAAUUGACCUACAUCUGGGCUGGGCGUAGACAAACGAGCGACAGAUUCUCUUCUUCCCACAGACCCCUGUUGUUAGUCAGCUCCCCUUUCAUUUACCUGUCUGCCCAGCCCUUUCCUGUCUGGUAGCAUCUCAAGAGGAUGCCUGGACAGUUCGCUGACAUUUCACCUAAAUAUGCCAACAAUUUCAGGGCUCCAGAAAAGCGGAAUGCUGGUCAGAAUAGAAAGUGGUGAAAAGCCACCAGAGAAGGGUCGGGGCAGAUUUCUCUAGGGUGGGAGUUUCCUUAGCCGUGGGGCAGCUGCAAAGAUUCUUAAAUUUUAUUUUUUGUUAUUGUUUAUUAAAUUUUAUUGGCCACUUUCUUUACCAAGGUAACUUAAAACACAUAAACGUACAGCACAAAAGAAAACACAAAAGGUAGGGGUGAACCAUCCCAAAGAGGCUACGGAUAAUUAAAAGUCAAAGGAAGGCCUAGUAGAAAUGGAAUACUUUUGCCUGGCACCUAAAUAAUAUGCAACAGUUGGAAAAUAUUUUGCAGAAUACUUAAAAACUCAGUGUAAAGAUGUUAAAACUCAAAUAGGAUGUGAGUAAGAAUAGCAGUGAGGGUAAACUCUUUGUUUUUUCUUGUGAGAUAGGGUGAACGUAUAGAGUAACUAUAAUAUGCCACAUAAAUUCAAAUUUUGAGGGAACCAGGGAGGGUGGGAGCGGAAGUCAUAGCUGGAAGGAUUGAUUGGUAAAUUUAAAAUGUUACUGAAUUGCUUAUUUGUUAAAUACUACUACUACUAUGGGACGCGGGUGGCGCUGUGGAUUAAACCACAGAGCCUAGGACUUACCGAUCAGAAGGUCGAUGGUUCAAAUCCCCACGACGGGGUAAGCUCCCGUUGCUCGGUCCCUGCUCCUGCCCACCUAGCAGUUUGAAAGCACGUCAAAGUGCAAGUAGAUAAAUAGGUACUGCUCCGGCGGGAAGGUAAACAGCGUUUCUGUGCGCUGCUCUGGUUCGCCAGAAGUGGCUUAGUCAUGCUGGCCACAGGACCCGGAAGCUGUACACCGGCUCCCUUGGCCAAUAAAGCAAGAUGAGCGCCGCAACCCCAGAGUCGUCUGCGACUGGACCUAAUGGUCAGGGGUCCCUUUACCCUUUACUACUACUACUACAGUUGGCCGAUGGGUUAAAAGGAUAACUUUAACUUUGUGGAAACGGGAGUCACUCAGCAGCCUUUGGGGAAGCUGCCUGUGUUGACAAGCUAGGAAUGGUGAAUCUGAACACUCUCCUCUCUCUCUCGGGCUCUUUGACAUCUAGGGCCAUGUUCACUGGUGGAAUGCGGGAAGCCAACCAGGACGUGAUUGAGCUGAAAGGCGUCUCUGCGAAGGGCUUGAAGCACAUCAUCGAGUUCGCCUACAGCGCCGAAGUGACGCUGGACCUGGACUGCAUCCAGGAUGUCCUCGGGGCGGCCGUCUUCCUGCAGAUGGUGCCGGUGGUGGAGCUGUGCGAGGAGUUCCUCAAGUCUGCCAUGAGCGUCGAGACCUGCCUCAACAUCGGGCAGAUGGCCACCACCUUCAGCCUUGCUUCCUUGAAGGAGUCGGUGGACGCCUUCACCUUCCGCCACUUCCUCCAGAUUUCCGAGGAGGAGGACUUCCUCCACCUUCCCCUUGAGCGCCUCGUUUUCUUCCUCCAGAGCAACAAGCUCAAGAGCUGUAGCGAGAUCGACCUCUUCCGGGCCGCCAUCCGCUGGCUGCAGUACGACCCAGCGCGCCGCGGCAACGCCAGCCAGGUCCUCUGCCACAUCCGCUUCCCGCUUAUGAAGUCCUCCGAGCUGGUGGACCACGUCCAGACUUUGGACAUCAUGGUGGAAGACGUCUUGUGCCGGCAGUACCUCCUGGAGGCUUUCAACUACCAGAUCCUGCCCUUCCGGCAGCACGAGAUGCAGUCUCCCCGCACCGCCAUCCGCUCGGACGUGCUCUCCCUCAUCACCUUUGGCGGCACGCCCUACACGGACAACGACCGCACCGUGAGCAGCAAGGUCUACUACCUGCCGGACGGCAGCGCCCGGCAGUUUAAGGAGCUGACGGAGAUGGAAGUGGGCAGCAGCCACACCUGCGUGGCGCUGCUGGACAACUUUGUCUACGUGGUUGGCGGGCAGCACUUGCAGUACCGCAGCGGCGAGGGGGCGGUUGACGCCUGCUACCGCUACGACCCGCACCUGAACCAGUGGCUGCGCAUCCAGGCCAUGCAGGAGAGCCGGAUCCAGUUCCAGCUGAAUGUCCUGCAUGGCAUGGUCUACGCCACGGGGGGCAGGAACCGCUCCGGCAGCUUGGCCUCGGUGGAGAGGUACUGCCCGCGGACCAACGAGUGGAGCUACGUGUGCUCGCUCAAGCGCAGGACGUGGGGGCACGCCGGGGCCGCGGUGGGGGGCAGGCUGUACAUAUCGGGCGGCUACGGGAUCUCGGUCGAGGACAAGAAGGCCCUGCACUGCUACGACCCCGCCAUGGACCAGUGGGAGUUCAAGGCCCCCAUGAACGAGCCACGAGUCCUGCACGCGAUGGUCAGCGCCAACAGCAGGAUCUACUCGCUUGGGGGCCGCAUGGACCAUGUCGAUCGCUGCUUUGAUGUCCUGGCGGUGGAGUACUACGUCCCCGAAGCCAACCAGUGGACGACGGUAAGCCCCAUGCGGGCGGGGCAGUCCGAGGCGGGCUGCUGCCUGCUGGAGAAGAAGAUCUACAUCGUCGGGGGGUACAACUGGCACCUGAACAACGUGACCAGCAUCAUACAGGUGUACAACACGGAGACGGAUGAGUGGGAGAGGGACUUGCACUUCCCAGAGUCUUUCGCUGGCAUUGCCUGCGUGCCGGUCAUCCUGCCACAGACCACAGCUCGGAGGUGACCACCCUGAGACUUCAGCCCAGUCUCCCGAGGCAUCACAUGCCAUCAAAGAUAUACAUUCUGGCCUGCCCCAUUUUGGAAAAUAAAAGGUUUUGUGUCCACAGCAGGCGAGCAAGGUCUUCCACCUUACCCUCUGGUCCUCCAUAACUUUUCAACAAUUUGUGUUCCAUCCCUCCUGGGUUGGAGGAGGUUAUGAGGAAGACUGAGCUAGGAUUGUGGUGGGGUUUGUGCGAGAAGGGAUGGGUGGUGCUCCCCAUUAACUCCUCCCCCCCAUCUUGCAGGUAUUUUUUUAUUUUGAAAAGAAGCUCCUUUCUCCUCCCUCCACCCCCCAAAAUUAUGAACUGCGGAGUUUUUACUGCACCCCAGAGCAUUGGUUCAUGUGAGUUCGUUUGGUCUGGAGAGUUUAAAAGAAAAAAAACUAAGGACAUCCUGAACUUCCGAAAAAGCAAUAAAGGAGGAUGAGGCAGCUGGCUGGGGUGGGCUGGGGUGGAGGAACUCACAGAGGAGAUGAAAAAUGUGUGAUCUCAUCCUAGCAGGUGUGCCUGUUCACCCCCCUCCCCCUUUGAAAAGCACAUUUUAAACACAAGUACAUCACACACCAGUUUGGGUAGUCUUCUUUCUCUCAAAAACCGUAGAAGGAGUUCCCAAACCACGUUCUGUGGACCACCGGCAGCCCACGAGCUUCAUCCCGGUUGUCCGCUGCGUGUCCCUGAUGGAACGGCAAUAGAAGCUGCUGCUCUGUCGCCGUAAGUGGCCUGAGAGGAGUGGAGAGGAUUAGCAGCAAAAUGGAACAGGAAGCUAGAAUUGGGAUAUUCAAAACAACAUGUAAGGAAUAAAGCAAUUCAAAUGCAAUUAGCAAUUGUGCAGCGCCUAGCACAGCGCGGUAAUGGGCAGAAAAAGAAAUUGAGCUUAAGGUUGGUGCUGCCACCCUGCUUCCCCAUGUUGUUCUCGCAGGACAGCAAUGCUCCCCCAGAUUUCUUGGGGCUGCCUUUCCCAAGUCAGCUGGCUGCCCACCCCCUGCCGCAACACACCGUAACUCUGUUGCUGCAGGAGUAACUCUGGUCUGGGCCAGAGAUGGGCCAAGGAGGUGCUUUCUGGGUUGGUUUGAUUCCGAAUAAGUGUUGUAGAUUAUUAUUUUUAUUAUUAUUUAUUAAAUUUGUAUGCUGCCUUCUGCUCAAAGAUCUCUGGGGCAGUUCACAAUGUAAAAUUACAAUAUAAACAACACAAAAUACACAAUAAAAAUGACAACAACAAUCUAAUAAUCCCCCCUCCCACAACACAUUUAAAAGGGAGGGCAUUGUUAAUCAGCCAAAGGCCUGGUUUAAGAGGAACAUUUUGCCUGGUGCCUAAAGGUGUAUAAUGAAGGUACCAAGUGAGCCUUCCACAAACAGGGAGCCACUGUAGACAAGACCCCGUUCUGCCAGGUCUCACAUCACCACACACUGCCCCUGGGCAACUGCCAGCCCCUGACUGUCCACCCUGCACCCUUGGGCGACCUCCCCUUUAAUUUUUAAACUGGCCUUGAACCUGCCAUUUUUAAUUUCCCACAAUGCCAAUAGUGCCCUGCUGCCCUGCGGUAUCACGGGAACAUUUGUGCCUGGUGGCAAGCUUGCUGCUCAAAAGACAGGAAACAUUUUUCUGCUUUGCACAUGGAUUGUAGAAACACAGAAUUGUAGAGUUGGACGGGGUCCUGUGGGUCAUCUAGUCCAACCCCCUGCGAUGCAGAAAAGCAUCCCUGGGAGGUGGUCCCUGGUUCAAUCCCAGUGGCAACUCCAGGUAGGGCUGGGGAAAACUCCUUGCCUCAAACCGUCAGAGUAGACAAUACCAACCUAAAUGGACCAAGCGUCCUACUCUGUAUACUUAAUUUCCUAUGUUUCUAGAGGGGUGCUGCAUAGUGGAGCUGGCCAGAGAUUGCCAUGCCUUAUCCCUGAAGCCAGCCAUGAUUAUAUUCCACGGAGUGGAGUUAGCACAGCUCCUCCUCUGUAGUUGCUCCCUGAGCUAUAGUAGCCCCUUUGCUGUAGUGUUGCUGCUGGCUGCAGCUGAGACUCUCUUAACGCAUUUUAACCGCACAGGCCUGAGCCGCGGCUUAUAGGAUGGAACAAGCUACAAACCCACAAAACAAAGUGAGCUGUUUGGAACAGGCGAGAAUGCAUCCCUGGCCGUUCAUGCCUUUUGCUAGUCAGCUUUUUCGCUUCUGUCUUAACAGAUUGUGGACUCUUGGAGAACUUCCCACCCCUCCCUGCCAAGAUGCGAAAUUAAAGCAGGCUUUUCUAAGCACGUUUCGAUGCGUUGACGUUCCAAAUUAUUUUGAUGCACUUAAAAAUGUUCGAGCGGGAGGCUCGGCUCCUCUCCCCUCUCACAGGAAAGUAAAGUAAGGGGGAGGGGAGAUGCAGAAAUUUAAUUAUUUGAAAUGUAGCAUUUUUUUCAGAGGAUGUGUUCUGCAUGUGUUGGUGGUCCAGAACUUUGAAGUGGGAUGAGAUUUCUAACCAAAAGAUUUGUUUUUGUGUGUGGUUCCCCCUUUAACUUGAGAGUUUUAAAACGCACAAUUUUUUUUUACUCCAAUGAGAUUUAUUAUUACUGUUCAUUUCAUUUCCAUACCGGUUUAUAUUUCAAAGAAAUAAUCUCGAAAUGGUUUGCAACACAUGAAAACAUCAAAUGAAACAAUCCAGAAUAAAACAAAUUAAUGCUUCAAGGGAAAUCUUUCAGAUCCUUCUGUAAGUGACAUUUUAGGUAAAGGAUAAAGGGGACCCCUGACCAUUAGGUCCAGUCGUGUCCAACUCUGGGGUUGCGGUGCUCAUCUUGCUUUACUGGCCGAGGGAGCCGGCGUACAGCUUCUGGGUCAUGUGGCCAGCAUGACUAAGCCGCUUCUGGCGAACCAGAGCAGCACACGGAAACGCCGUUUACCUUCCCGCCGGAGCGGUACCUAUUUAUCUACUUGCACUUUGAUGUGCUUUCGAACUGCUAGGUUGGCAGGAGCAGGGACGGAGCAACAGGAGCUCACCCCAUCACGGGGAUUCAAACCACCGACCUUCUGAUCGGCAAGUCCUAGGCUCUGUGGUUUAACCCACAGCGCCACCCGCGUCCCUUUUGCUUUCCCUCUUAUUUAUUUACCUACUUAAUUUAUAGAGCUUCCCCCUAGCAGAAGGGCUCUAGGAAGGCAGGGUGGCAUAGCGAUUAGAGUGUCACACCUGGGAGAUCAGGGUUCAAAUCCCCACUCAGUCAUGAAGCUCACUGGGCGACCCUGGAGUCAGUCCCAGCCUCUUAGUCCACCUCACAGGGUCGUUGUAUGGAUUAAUGGGAGCGGGUGGGAGUUAAAUGCAAAAUAAAUCAGCUCUUCUGCUGACCUGCUUAAGGAAGCUGGAGGGGCCAGUCAGAGGGAGAUGUCAGUUGCCAGUCUGGCACCCAGAGAUCUCCACAUGGUUGCGAUGGGUAAAAGUCAUCCCACUUCAAAGUUUGGGGAAUAUCAAACACUGGACCCAACCAGCACAGGCUGGAGCUGACGGUAGUUAAAAUUUCAACCUGUGGACACCAGUUUGAGGAAGCCUGCACAAAAGAGAGGUAAGUUACUGCAGGGAAAUUGCAGCACUUAACAACAGUGUGUCAAAAGGAACAUAAAUUGCAGGUGUAAGGUACUUCUCAUGUAGCUUUGUGACUGCCUCAAUCCUGCUUUCCUGGGUAUCCUUCUCUGGAUUUGGGGAAUGGGACGGGAGGAUAAGAUCUAAGUCAGUUUAGGUUGGCCAGGAGGGGUGUGCUUGUUCUCUUUCACACAGCGUGCCUGCGCCCGUGGAGAGCGGCCUCAUUUGUGGGUCUACAACCACUUCGCCUCCUUUCGAACUGCAACCUCCAUGCUGCAAGAACUCGCUGGUAUUUAUUUUCAAUAAAAAUGAGUUUUGAUACUGCUCUG